AUGAUUCAUGCUGAUCGCGUGCUGCCACUAGCCAAUCUCUCUUCCUCCUCCUGGUCGCCCUCCUAUCGGCCGUCCAGCUUCUGUGCCCGAGACCAGUUAGAAAGUCUCAUUGCCAGACACGGUCACCCCACCCGCGUUUCGUUGUCAUCGCUCCAGGAGUUAACCGCAACCUCAUCUACAUAUAAUCCUCCUUCCCCCGACUCGUCGAGCUCAGACACAUCAGACUCCCUCGAGACCCUCACUCUGACUCAGUCAACCUCCCGGCCUAUUCCCAUCCCCAAGCCGUCUCCCUCCCUUCGCGAUAAGGACUUUCCCGUCACCCCUCUAACAGGGCGUUUUGAUAAAGGCUAUUAUUUUGCCCAUCGUGACCACACCCCCGAGGGGCAGCGAGAAAGGGACUUCCAUCGCAAGGCCAGUCGAUCUGGUCAUCACCACCCUCAUCGUUCACCCUCGUCCAGAAUGCGUUCUGACAGCUCAACAUUCUACCCAUCCGCCAUCUCCCCCGCCAUGUCUCCAGCUGGACGUCCCUCCUCCCCGCAGCCCUCUCGCUCGCAGGGACAGAGCACCUCCAAGUCCAUGCCUGCCUUCCAUUUGGGAAGCUUGCCACGAUUCCAUCCGGCAGUCUAUCAGUCAUCCGGCAGCACUCAAGCACAGCCUUCUUCACCACGCCAGCCUCGACAGCCCGGAUAUCGCACGGCUUCUGGCUCCCGUGAUGGAAUGUGGCAGUAUCGAGACUUUGUGGAUGGGGCUGCCCUACCCAAGACUCCUGGAACCUUAUCGCCGGGCCCAUCCGCUCCGCGACUAGACCCUCUUCGCAGCCCUGGCCCGGUAACCCCGCUGGCGCUGGAAGAGGCCAGUGGUUAUCUGACCUCGGGCCCCUCUAGCUCCUCCGACUUCUCCUCUCGAGAACACUCUGGGCCGGCCCCAGAUAUGGUGGACAGGCUAAUUGCUCGGGAGACCGAACGGACCCGACAGAAAGCUAUGAAGCCCCUCAAAGGCUUCUAG